GCAACAUUGAGGUUACACUGGCGGAGUGAAGCCGUGUUGCACCACAGAUGGAGCCAGCGGCGGCAAGUGGGGAGGAGAGUGACGCGUCGGGGGAAGGGGAGCUGAGACCGCCCGGUGGGCUUCUACAUCAUCCAAAGUAUGCAGAGAUGAUGGCAUUAGAUAUUGGGCAGAGUACUCAAGUGUAUGCUGCAUUUCUGGUUUUCCUUGACCUUUUGGAAGCCAGGAAUUGGAGGGAUGUGACUUACAAGGGAUCGAAAGAGCUUCAAUUGGUUUAUCUACAGGGUUGUCCUGGAGAACAGGAGAAUGAGAAGGUGGUAGUACCAUUGCCUGUUCAUAUGUCACUGAGUCAUGAGAGGAUUAGAAGAAUCAUGGAUUGUAUCUGUAAUGAGAAUGAACAGGAGAUAACUCUGGCCGCUGUAGACUCCGACUCGACUGUGGUGUAUUAUCAGCUGACUAAUGGGUUUGUUAUACCAGACCCACCAGAUGUUAUCGAAGAUAGCAAACAGUGCAGAAAGAAACGGAAGAAGUUUCAGAGAUGACCAUUAUUCAUUUUGUUACAUCCCAUUCUGAUGACUUUUUCCAAAAUGCAUGCUAAGUAUGUGCUAUUUAUUGAUAUUCCAUAAGGAAAUAGCCAUUUCCCCCACUUUCAUGUCAUUAUCUUUUUGGUCCAGUGAAACUGAACCCAUGUUACAUUUCAUUUUAAUCAUUGGCUUUAUUCAUUGGUUUCAGUCCUAAACAACCACUUAACAUAAAAUAACAUUAUUUUACCUUUUUAGGGCUGCAUUGACUUUAUAAACACUGGAACAAUUUAUAAUUUUUUCUUUUUCUAAAAUAUUAUGUUUUUGUUGUGGCUACUAUUUUCCUUUCUGUCCAUCAGAGAUGGGAAGCCAUGCUGAUCCCUGGCACCGUUUUGACUGAAGUGGGGUUAGAACAUGAUUUGUGUACAUGACAUAAACCAGCUGCUUCAUAGGUUAAAACAAAAAUAAAAGCCUUGCUGGAAAGAUUGUAGAGAUCAGAUUGGUUCUGUGGACCUUUUGUUUACCUCUCCACAAUUACUGCUUGACUUGAAUAAUAUCUUCAGUAUUUCCUGUUUUCAUUUCACAUUUGCUGCAGUUAUGUUGUUUUUGAUGGGCAAAACCAAAUUAGAUAAGUAUGUGCAUCCUGCCUACAUGCAUGAAUGUUGAUUUUAUGAUCUAAUGUCCACCCUACAUCUUUGAGUCAGACAUCUACAAACCUAUUUGAAGAGCAAGGUGUAAAUGUAAAUAAAUAUUAACAGCUUUACAAACACCACUCUAGGAAAGAUUCAUGAGUAAAUUAUGACCACCAUUAGGAAAUGCUGGAUUUCGUAGUAACAUGGUUGUAAUGUUUAAACUUCCAAAGAAAAAUAAUUAAGUUGUACAUCUUUGUGAUUGGGUUUGUUUCUACGGAAAGAUGCUGUCCUCUGUCAGGUAUCUGCAUACGGGACAAGUGAGGCAUGAAAUGGUUUUGUUACAAUAAAGAAUAAAAAAUAAAAUAAUUUAACAGUGGGAAGUCCAAGCUAAAAGUCACAUGCUUAUGCUUAAUACUCUCUAAACCAUACCAUUGUUUAAAUGGGGUUGGUGUGAUCAUAAGCUUUUAAUGGGAAUUUAGUGACCUGUAAUAACUAAACUGGACUUGUCAUUUCUGAUAUGCUUCAUGAGAAGUUGUUCUCAUUAUGUUGUGUUAUGAAUACGUUCACUAAAUUUUUAUAGAAAUAAUGUAUCACAUCUUGUUACUGACAGUAUGAUGGCAGUAAUCUAUGGUGCGUUGUAACCGGGUCGAUUACAUUAAAAUUGUUUUUAUA